GCUGCCCUCUGUGCGCCCCUGGCACCGCCAGCACGCAGCUGAUGCAGCGCCGGCCAAGGACCACGAUGGCGGAGGAGGGGUCCGGCUGCCUGGUGCGCCGCCUGCCCUGGGUCACCAUCCUGCGCGUUGCUUUCCUGCUGAUUCUCAUCGGCAUGGUGAUAUACUGCUUUGUCUGCAACCAGCGCCUCGCACAGCAACAACAGCUCGAAUCGUCUGGGUGGGCCGUCGCUGAGCUCCAGCUGAAUCACACAGGACCACGACACGACGCCAGGCUGCACUGGCAGGGCAACCCGGCCCUGGGCCGCUCCUUCGUGCACGGCCUGGAGCUGGACUACGGUCAGCUGCGUAUCCAGCACCCUGGCAUCUAUAGGCUGCACAUCCAGGUGACACUAACCAACUGCUCCUCCACUUGGACCAACACGGUCCGCAGGGCCACCCUGGCUGUGGGCAUCUGCUCCUCCGCCACCCACAGCAUCAGCCUGCUUCGCCUCAAUUUCUACAACGCUUGCACCGUCGCCUCCCAGCGCCUGACGUACUUGGCCAAAGGGGACACUCUCUGCACCAACCUCACUCUGCCGUGGCUGCCGUCUCGAAAUUCGGAUGAGACCUUUUUUGGGGUUCAGUGGGUGCACCUCUGACGACUGUACCUCCUGUCUUAAAUUUGAUGGGAGAGAAUAUUUUUUUCUCUUUGUUUCCGUUUUCUCAGAAAAUCUUUUUCUUCUUGGUGCAAAUAACAUGUAUGAUACUGUGAUUUAUAAUAAAAAAAAUACAUAUUUGG